AUGGUAAAGAAAAACAUACAACUGGAUCCCCGAGAGCAGCACGGAGCAGGCAUCCCAGAUCGUCCUCUCCACUUUCUCUCACAGCUAGAGAACUUCUUUCCGAUGCUUAGGCUCCAGGGUCUUGUGACAAAGAGAAAGUAUAAAGAGGCAAAGGGGGAAGAAGAGGGGGCUAAGAGAAAGAGGACACUAGAGGAGAACUCCCCUUCACGAAAAAAAAAAGCAAAAACAUCUGCCCAGGAGGAGGCCAAGACAGCCACCAUUCCUUUGGGCCUAGAUUGCUUUACAUUCCAUCAUAAACUGGGAGAAGGCAACUUUGGGCAAGUGAUAUUGGCAAAAGACAUCAUCCGCCAGGAACUUGUGGCCAUUAAAAAAGCUGACAAGCAAUAUUUCCUGAAAUGGAAGGAGGAUUUCAUAGAGGGGGAUAUACUCAGCAUGUCACAUGCGUUUCACAUUUUAAUACACGGACUGGCAGCAUUUGAAAAUCUUAACCAUUUAUAUUAUGUCAUGGAACUAGCCGGUGGCGGGGACCUUUCUGACUUUAUUAUCAAGCAAUUUCCAUUGAAUUUAGAUAUAGUAAAGUUCAUAGGAGCAGAACUCGUAUACGGACAUGGGAAGAUCUUGGAUUUCGGACUUUCUAUAAGAGUUCCCUCAGGAAAAUCUAGCGAUAUCUGUGGUAGCCCAGGCUAUACUGCACCAGAAGUCACCAAUUCGAAGAGCUAUGGACCAGGGGUGGACUGGUUCUCAUUUGGCAUUAUCCUCUACAUCAUGGUCACCAAAAGACUCCCUUUUCCCGCGAACACAGAGUCAGAAUCAUAUCCAGCAUCUCUGGGGCCUGAAACCAUUGAUGUCAUCAAACGUCUGCUUUGUAAGGUCCCGGGUGAACGUCUGGAAGUGACAGGGAGGAUACAAGAACAUGCCUUAUUUUCUAACAUUAACUGGAAAGACGUAGAAGCCGGACGCCCCCUAAGAUAA